CAAUUUUUCAAAGCGGAAAUUUACUAGUAAAAUAAUAGUCAUGGUCUUCAUUUAUUGUAAUUGCUGAAGACCAGUUAGGAUUAUAUUUUUUUUACGCAACAGAUAUGGUUGAUUUGUCGCCCACAUUGAUUCUGAGUUGGCAAAAAAAAUAUAAUCACAAAGAUUAAAAUAAAUUCAGCAAUAAGUGAAAGCAGAAUAAUCAUGAUUGGUUUAAAAAAUUUUGGCGUGGGUCAUUGAUGCCUUGUUUGUUUAACCAGGGUAUAUAGGGGACCACCUGCCGUUGGACAUUCAAACGUUUGUAUUUUCUCUUAUUGACUACAUCUAUUAAUAAAUUUUAGCAAAUUAAUUAUCAUAUAUUAUUUCGAAUAACAUAUGAUUUUAAUUUAAAUGAUUCGUGUUAUUGUUGGAUUGUUUUUUGUUACUUUGGUUGAUUGGGCUGAUGGACAGGGAAUUGUCUUUGAGAAUGACAGAAGACACCUUAAACCAGCUGCAAUUAAUUCAUCAGGUUUUUUUGAUAGAAGAAAUAGACCCUUGAUGAAUAAUCCAUCUUCAAUUGAUCGUCGUUUACAAAUUCCAAUCACAGUUAUUCAGGGCUCUUCAGUAACAGCACAAUCUGGAUCACCUCAAAAUAAAAAUGCUGUUGAUAAAUUUUUUGAUUCUCCUGUUAAAAAUGCUCAGCCAAAUUUAUUAAACAAUAAAAAUUCAGACCAAGCCAGUAGACGUCAAGACAGACGUGAAAGACUUCUUGAAAUUCGAGAGAUAGAAUUAAAACGUCGUCAGCAAAUUAUAGAGCAAAAACGUAUGCAACAACAACAAAGAAUUAAUGAAAAAAAAUUAUUUGAUGAUAAACGUAAAGAAAAAAUUGCAUUACAACAUAAAAUGCAAGAAAAUAAUGAUGAAGAUGAUGAUGAUGAUGACGAUGAUCAUUCACUUGAAAAAAGACAAGCUAGAUUUUUUAAUCUUCAUGGAUGGUCAUCAGCAUUGACUGAUGUAUUAUGGGAAGAACUUGGUCUUGGACAUGGUCAUGGAUAUGGACAUGGACAUGGUUAUGGAAAUAUAUUUAAUAAUGGAGGACAUGGUGGUAUAUUUGAUGGAAAUAAAAAAAAGAAAAAGAAAAAAAAGAAGCCAUUUAAUGGAAAUCAUUUUGGCAAUAUUUGGAAUAAUCAUGGACAUCAAGGUGGACAUGGAGAACAUCAAGGUGGACAUGGUGGACAUCUAGGUGGACAUGGAGGACAUCUAGGUGGACAUGGUGGACAUCUAGGUGGCCAUGGAUCACAUGGAAAUUAUGGACUCGGAUCAUAUGGAAAUUAUGGACUUGGAUCAUAUGGUCAUCCACAUAGUCAAGGAUCAAAUGGAAUUUAUGGAGGUCUACAACAAUUUUUUAGUGGUUUAAAUAAUCAUUAUCAAGUGACUGAAAAUGUUGAUGAUGUAUCACCACAAAGACCAUUGUUUGGAUGGCAAAGACCAUUUAGAGAUGAAGAAAAAAUUGAAAAUAAAAUUGCACCAGGUUUUGAUGAUAAUUCAAGAUCAAAUUAAAUAUAAUUUUAUUAAUUAUUUAAAUAUUAUAUU